CGGCACGACGGUCGCGCAAGAAUGUGAUAGAGCCUUGACGGCCGCCAUUUUCUUUCUUUCUUAGCUGUUAGCUCAGUGCAGUUGUCUGUGGAAAACCGGCAGUGGCUACUCUUAAAGUGUAGCCAUGGCAGACUAUUCAACAGUGCCUCCACCCUCUUCUGGCUCAGCUGGUGGUGGCGGUGGCGGCGGUGGUGGUGGAGGAGUAAACGAUGCUUUCAAAGAUGCGCUGCAGAGAGCCCGGCAGAUUGCAGCUAAAAUUGGAGGUGAUGCAGGGACAUCACUGAAUUCAAAUGACUAUGGUUAUGGGGGACAAAAAAGACCUUUAGAAGAUGGAGAUCAACCAGAUGCUAAGAAAGUUGCUCCUCAAAAUGACUCUUUUGGAACACAGUUACCACCAAUGCAUCAGCAGCAAAGGUCUGUAAUGACAGAAGAAUACAAGGUUCCAGAUGGAAUGGUUGGCUUUAUAAUUGGCAGAGGAGGUGAACAGAUCUCACGCAUACAACAGGAAUCUGGAUGCAAAAUACAGAUAGCUCCUGACAGUGGUGGCCUUCCAGAAAGGUCUUGUAUGUUAACUGGAACGCCUGAAUCUGUCCAAUCAGCAAAACGGUUACUGGACCAGAUUGUUGAAAAAGGAAGACCAGCUCCUGGCUUCCAUCAUGGUGAUGGACCAGGAAAUGCAGUUCAAGAAAUCAUGAUUCCAGCUAGCAAGGCAGGAUUAGUUAUUGGAAAGGGGGGAGAGACUAUUAAACAACUUCAGGAGCGAGCUGGAGUUAAAAUGGUUAUGAUUCAAGAUGGACCUCAGAACACUGGCGCUGAUAAACCUCUUAGGAUUACAGGAGACCCAUAUAAAGUUCAACAAGCCAAGGAAAUGGUGUUAGAGUUAAUUCGUGAUCAAGGUGGUUUCAGAGAAGUUCGAAAUGAGUAUGGGUCAAGAAUAGGAGGAAAUGAAGGGAUAGAUGUUCCCAUUCCAAGAUUUGCUGUUGGUAUUGUAAUAGGAAGAAACGGAGAGAUGAUCAAAAAAAUACAAAAUGAUGCUGGUGUUCGAAUUCAGUUUAAGCCAGAUGACGGAACAACACCUGAUAGAAUAGCGCAAAUAACAGGACCUCCAGACCGUUGCCAACAUGCUGCAGAAAUUAUUACAGACCUUCUUCGAAGUGUUCAGGCUGGUAAUCCCGGUGGACCUGGACCUGGUGGUCGAGGAAGAGGUAGAGGUCAAGGCAAUUGGAACAUGGGACCACCUGGUGGACUACAGGAAUUUAAUUUCAUUGUGCCAACUGGGAAAACCGGAUUAAUAAUAGGAAAAGGAGGUGAAACCAUAAAAAGCAUAAGCCAACAGUCUGGUGCAAGAAUAGAACUUCAGAGAAAUCCUCCACCUAAUGCAGAUCCUAAUAUGAAGUUAUUUACAAUUCGUGGCACUCCACAGCAAAUAGACUAUGCUCGGCAACUUAUAGAAGAAAAGAUUGGUGGCCCAGUAAAUCCUUUAGGGCCACCUGUACCCCAUGGCCCCCAUGGGGUCCCAGGCCCCCAUGGGCCUCCUGGGCCCCCAGGGCCUGGAACUCCAAUGGGGCCAUACAACCCUGCACCUUAUAAUCCAGGACCACCUGGCCCAGCUCCUCAUGGUCCUCCAGCCCCAUAUGCUCCCCAAGGGUGGGGAAAUGCAUAUCCACACUGGCAGCAGCAGGCUCCUCCUGAUCCAGCUAAAACAGGAACGGAUCCAAAUUCAGCAGCCUGGGCUGCUUAUUAUGCUCACUAUUAUCAACAGCAAGCACAGCCACCACCUGCAGCUCCUGCAGGUGCACCAACUACAACCCAAACAAAUGGACAAGGAGAUCAGCAGAAUCCAGCUCCAGCUGGACAGGUUGAUUAUACCAAGGCUUGGGAAGAGUACUACAAGAAAAUGGGUCAAGCAGUUCCUGCUCCUACUGGGGCUCCACCAGGUGGUCAGCCAGAUUAUAGUGCAGCCUGGGCUGAGUACUAUAGACAACAAGCAGCCUACUAUGCUCAGACAAGUCCCCAGGGAAUGCCACAGCAUCCUCCAGCACCUCAGUGCCUUCCCAGACCUUCCACCUUAGGUUCUGCUGCAAAAAGCAACAGUGCUGAAGAUGCUGCAAGCACCAAAUCAUAGCUCAUAAAAUCAGGUCCUGAGAUAGUUACCCAUAAAGAGGAAUCCUUUGAGUGUAUGCCAUUGGUGAGCCGAUGAGCAUGGACCAUAGAAGGGCUCAAUGUAGAAGGUAAAAUUGGCAAAUCAUAUUGAGAAAUAUGAAAUGUAUUCCCAUACAUAAUAUGGUAUAGGGUGUAAUGUACCUUCUUUUGAUCACUUUUCCUUUUAAAGUGCUAUUCACUUGAUCUUAAAUGUUCCAUGAACUGUUAAAUUUCUUAAGUUAUAUAGUUACUGCACCACAUUUAUGUAUGUGUAUGUUUUAAUAGUCGAUGAUAGGUGUGUAAGAUUGAUAAUAUAAAGGGGCUUUUUGAACAUUAAGAGCCCAUCAAGUUUUGGUUAGUUGUAGUUUGCAUUUUAUAAAAGAACAUAUAGAUGAAUGCUAAUAGAUAUUGGGGCAUUGUUUUUAUCUCAUGAGAAUUUUUUAUUCAUUACCAUAAGCCUUCGGUGAUACUAUAAGUGUUAUUUUAAAUGGCACUAAUCUUAAAGAACUUUGAAAUAAAUGGAAAGCAGAAAAGGUGAGCCAGUUGAUUUGAAUGCAGUGGAUAUUAGUUUUAGAACAAUGUUUAGUUUAGAUUGAAAUUGAACUGAUUGAUUUUUAAUUAGCACUUAAAAAUUUGACAGUAUGUUUUUAUUUUUCUUUAAGACAUCUUAGUGUGGUGAUGCUUACAGUUCUGUGGUUUGAUGUUUCUUUUAGAAAUGAGAAAUAUAAUUUUAUUUUUUAAUUAAUCAAAAUGGUUUUAAUACUAAAACUAGUAAUUUGAUACUAGUUGUUUAUAUACGUUGUAAAAUAUCCUUAAACAAAUAACUUGGUAGUUAAUUCAUAAGGGUGGGUUUGGGUAGGAGUAGCAGAGUACCUUCAGAGGGAAAUAGGACUAAUUCAGAAGUGGUAACAUUUCGUUUGUUUGAAUACUCUGCCAGUAGAACCAGUUCUACCUAGACAGUUACCUGUUGUGUAGAAUAAUGAUAUAGUUUAUUAAUUAGUGAGGAUGUCUUAUUUUUAUUUUCUGCAAAUUCUGCCUCAUUUUAAAAUGCAUUUUAACAAUACCUAAAGAUAAUUUUGACUCUGAAAAUAACCUUACUUUUUGUUUAGUUAGUGACUUGAUUUUUCUUGCCACAAUAUAAACUUUUAAGGGAUUUUAAAUUGGUGCUUUUAAGAAGCAAAUGAAUCCCAGGGUUUAUUUCCUUCAGUGAUACCCCUAUAGAAACUCUUAAAUGUAUUUGUGCAUAUAUAUAUUUUUUCUUAUGCAUGCUCAAUGCAUUUUCGUCCUGAGAAAAAUGUUCUCUACAGAAACUACCCGUGUGUUAAAAGAAGAUUGGCUUAAAAUGGCUACUGUGAUGGGAACAGUGUCUUAGGGAGAUGCAGCUUGGACUUGAGGUAAAUUGAAUACUUUACAAACUGUGGUUUAGAGUUUGCUUUAAUGACAUUGUAUGUAAAAGGGUACAUGAUUGCUGUAAUUUUGUAUUCAUUAUGGUUUCCUCAAUAAAUAAAUGUACAUUGGUGAAUAUUA